UUGCGUUCAAAUUUACGAAACAGUGGACGGGUGACGAUGUUAUAAACACAAAAAAAUUGUUAUAUCAAAGUUAAAGUAAAAAAUGAAAUUUGUAAUAGGAAAUUCGUCGAUGUUCUGGUGUCCAAUUGUUUUUACAAUAUUGUGUUUAGAGUGUGUUCAAGGAUACACCGCUUCAUCACCAUUAAUAAAAAAUGUUGUUCGAGGUGGUAUUCACUUUGAGGGCCCUCAUUGGACGGAAAACGAAAGUGCAUUAUACUGGGUCGACAUAGAAGACCAGAAACUUUACAGACUCGACCCUGUUACCGGAAAUGUGACUUCGAGAAAAAUAGAUUACGGGCCAGUAUCCCUCGUUGUGACAGUAAAAGACUACCCGGGAAAAGUCAUACUAUCAUCUCGCAGUGAACUCUACUUGCUGUCCUGGGACGAUAUGGAAGGCGAUAGCGCUAUGAGACUGCUCACCGUAGUCGACUUGGGCAAACCUGACAAUCGAAUCAAUGAUGGCAAAGCUGACACGAAGGGAAGACUUUGGUUUGGUACAAUGGGCAAAGAAGAUGCCUCCGGCGUGGAUCUUGACCAGGGUACAUUUUACAUGUUGACAAGCAACAAUUACAUACACCCUGAGGAAAAAGUCCGUCCAGUUUCCAUUUCAAACGGUAUAGCGUGGACUUCGGAUGAUAAAUUUAUGUUCUAUAUCGACAGCCCCCUGCGAACUAUCGACGUAUUUGACUUUAAUAUUGAAACUGGCGACAUACGAAACCGAAGAACACUAUUCAGUUUUCAGAAAAACAAUGUGACUGGCGUUCCUGAUGGCAUGACAAUAGACACUGAUGGAAACCUCUGGGUAGCCUGCUAUGAUGGCGGGAAGGUGAUAAAAAUUGAUUCCCGAGCCGGCAAACUGCUAGAACAACACAAGAUACCAGCAAGCAAAGUGACCUCAGUUACUUGGGGUGGGCAUGACUUAUCCACUCUGUACGUAACGACAAGCAGAAGGGGCCUAAAUUCCGUCCAAUUAGCACAGGAACAAGAAGCUGGCUCUUUAUUUGCCAUACAAGGCACUGGAUCAAGAGGAUUUCCUAACAAUCAAUUUAUAUUUCCUAAUGCUGAUUUGUAUUAAUUCAUCCACUAUAAAGUAAUUUGUGUGUGCAUUGUAUGAUAUAAUAUACUUAUAGAAACUAAA